UACUAGUUGGGAUCUUAACCCACUGAGCCACAACAGGAACUGCAAGCAGGCUCUGUCCUUCCCCCAUAAUCUCUCCAGGACGGGCACCGGCUGCAGGGGCUGGGCCAUGGCCCCCCAUCCCACCACCCUCCUGUGCUUCGCGCUCUGUCUGGGCCAGACGAUCCGCACGUGCCGAGGGGCCCUGCCCAGACCCUCCAUCACAGCUGAGCCAGGCCCUGUGGUCCCCUGGGGACAGCCUGUGACCAUCGUGUGCCAGGGCCCUGCUGGGGCUGAGACAUUCCACCUGCAGUACAAGGAGAAUACGCAUAAGUACAAGGAUGAGAGUAACACGAUUCAAAUUAGUCCACACCAGACAGCGGCCAGGUUCCCCAUCGCUGCUGUGAGUGAAGACACUGCCCGGUGUAAUCGGUGCUUCUAUUAUCAACGUGGCAUUUGGUCUGAGCCCAGUGAGGCCCUGGAGCUGGUGUUGACAGAUGAGGACGUCUCUGCUCUGCCCUCAGGGUGGCCCCAGGCUGCUGUCCCCAGCUGUGUCCUCUGCCCACGGGCCCGCAAGCCCCCUGGUCCCCGGUUCCCCCCCCCCCACACUCCUCUGCCUUCAUAUCUGGCUCAGUCCCUGGACCCUGGUCCCAUCCAGGCUCCACGAAGUCCUGGACACUCAGCCCCAGCAUCUCAGUGGACACCGAGCCGGACCCCUGGGCUGUGGGGAGUGGGCUUCCAGAGACGGGGAAGGAUGGAGCCCUUUCAAGGGACCCUGUGCCUUUUCCUUCAGGAUGGUGGAGCCCCUGAUGAAAUCAGUCUCCGACCCACAGACUCCAGCACCUGGACAGCCACCACCUCCCAGGAUUACAUGAUGGGGAACAGUGUCUGCCUGGGUGUGGCCGGUGUGGUCCUGCUGAUCCUGGUGGUGAUUCUGGCAGAAGCUGGGCACAGCUGGUGCGGCUCCCAACAUGGACCCCAGGGAUGGAGACACGAGGGUGCCCAGCAGAGGGACUGGACCCCAGGGCCCCAGGAAGGAUGUUCCCUGGGAUCCUGA